AUGCCGGGUGGGACUAGUUACGUAUCUUACUCCUCAUUAUAUAAAUCGUCAACCCUUACCGUUCUGUUUCGCGCUUUCCUCACGCUAUCACACCAUCCCCACUACAUCCUACGAUUGACACAGCCACCAUCGUCCAUCGCCUCUCUCGUUUACAGGGACCCUCACGUCUUUUGCCCCUCCGUGCACACAUUGGUGGUUAAACGUGCUUGUGCACUGUGUCCAGGAUUUCGUUUUAAACCUACUGAUGUUGAGUUGGUUAUGUACUACCUCAAGAAGAAGCUAUUGGGGAAAAAGCUUCACCCCGAAGUUAUUGCAGAGAUUAAUAUAUAUGAUUUCUUCCCAUGGGAUCUUCCAGCCAAAUCCAUCUUGAGUGGUGAUCUAGAGUGGUACUUCUUCUGA